GAUUCUGAUGAUUUCAUGAACUUGUAUCAGGUGUCACUUCUCCACUUUUUUUCGCCCGUCUCCACCCACCCAAGCACCCAAUUCCCCUCCCAAACGACGGCUACAUUUGGGAGACUGUUCCCUACCAGCAGAAGGUCAUCCCCCGUUCAAGGCUAUGAUUACCCAGCAGCUGACCGCCCGGAGCCGCAAGCCCUGGUGCAAAACCAAAGCUGUGCAGACGCCGGCCUGUUAUGUUCCGCUCUGCUGCGGGAUUUCACGGCAGCUACAAAGCGGUCCUAUCCGCCUCUGGUGCCGCCGGCGAUUACUUCAGCCUCGCCUCUCUCCCCUCCUCCUCGCCUCGCCUCGCCUCUCUCCCCUCCUCCUCCUCACCGUGGCAAGAUGUUCGUAGGAUCUGACUUGGGGAUCUUGGCCAUCGCCUGGCUAGUUGUCGCCGCGCUAUUUCUGAUCUUUAUUGUUUUCCCCGAUCUAUGUUCCGGUUCGGGUAUCUGGCGCGUUGUACUUAAAGACGCCAUGUGCUAUGGUAAAAGCAAACAGUAUUUCUUCCAGCGGCCGCCGUGGCUCCAGCGCCUAGAUAUCCCGAAGAGGUGGUUUUCUCAUUUCUAUGUGGUUUCAAUGAUGUGGAAUAGUUUUCUACUUAUAAUUACUUGUCAAAAUCUGUUUUUUGGUCAACCUUUCCCAUUAUGGUUUCAAAGACUGCUUAGUUUUCUUUCUGGAAGCGUGUCCCACUUAAAACCUGGUAAUGAAUUGUCUGUCCUGCUGGUUCAGAUAAUGUUGUUUGUGCAAGGUGUUCGACGCCUCAGAGAGUGCCUCAUUGUCUCUGUGUUUUCGAAUGGUAGCAUUCAUGUAGUACAGUAUUGUUGGGGUCUGGUUUACUACAUCCUUGUGGGUUUAACAGUGCAUUGUGAAGGACUCCAUGCUGGAUCAAAAGUAUUCACCAUUCGUGAUCUGAUCGCACAAGGACAGUGGUACCAUAUAGCUGGAAUAGCACUGUUUUUGUGGGCAACAAUUCAUCAGCACAAGAGUCAUAUGAUCCUUGCCAAUUUGAGGAAAAACAAAUCAGGUGAAGUGAUCAACUACAGGCAUAGCAUCCCAUAUGGUGACUGGUUUGAAUUCGUUUCUUGUCCACACUAUUUCGCCGAACUGCUGAUCUACUUUGCUUUAAGUGUAACCUUUAAAGGACAGCACUUUACAUGGUGGUUUGUAGUAUUGUAUGUAUUAUGCAGCCAUGUAUUGAUGGCAAUUCAAUCCCAUGAAUUCUAUGUCAAAAAAUUUGACAAUUAUCCCAAAACACGAAAAGCAUUCAUACCUUACAUAUUUUAAAUUUUCAUAAAAUACAGUAUACUUUUCCAUCAGUGUGUCGUGAGUUUUUUAAAAAAUUGUACCUGAUCCUAUAAAAUUCGCUGAAAUUAACUUCAAUGUGUAUUGUACAGCUUGGGUACCCCUUAUCCAAAAUGAUUGGGACCAGAAGUAUUUUGGAUUUUUUUAUAUGUUUGAAUAUAUAAUGAAAUAGCUUGGGAUAGCCAUCGUUUCUGACUCUGAAUUUAUGUGCUACCAUUAAGCUACCUUUGUCUUACACUUAUUCAAUGCUUCAGGUUCUGUGAACAAAAAAAUGUGUAACAGGCCAUUGAAUUCAUCAAAAAAUUAUAUAAUCUUCCAGAUCCUAUUUCUAUAUAAUGUCUAAUGUUAAUGCUAAUGUGAUGCAAUAUGUCAUAAAGCUGCCAGAUGGCAUCCCAAGAUGCUAUAUUCAGUUCAAAAGCCAAGUCAAGUUUAUUGUCAUUUAACUACAUACAUGAAUAUAACAUAUAUAACCAUAUAAUAUAUAUGUAGAAAUGAGACAAUGUUUCUUCAAACCAGGUAGAAAGCAGAGUAGUACACAUAACUGUUACAUACCUCAUGGAUAUCUUGUGACUGUCUUAUGACCAUGAUGUAAUUGAGUAGCUGAUGAGCAUGAUGGAAUGGUCUUUUGGAGGUCACGUGAUGACAUGUUCACCUCGGGUAUAAAAGGAGACCCCUGGGGUGACGCAGUUAGUUUUCCAGUUAGAACGUCAGCCAGAGACUCCGCUCCGCUGCGUAUUUGCCUUAUGACGCAGUUUUGAUUUAAAAGGGAGUUUUACGUUCUAUUAUGAGGUACAAAAGUGUUGGGCUGGCAGUUUAACUAAUCGCUGCCAGGUUUGUUGAUGUAUCUUUUCAGUAAUAUUGGAGAGUGAAGACAGGAGCCUGAAGGAGUCGUUCAGCGGAUUUGGAUAGGAUCAACCAUUAUUGAAUUCGUUCAAGAAAGAGUGAUCUGCAUGAGAUAGCCUCUGCUAAAAGCAGCAGAAAAGGCUGUGCAGUAUCUAGUAUCCAGAGGGAAAAGUCAGUGCCGUUAAACUGUUUUAUUUCCUUUGUUGUGAAUCCUGUGGACAAGGCAGGAUCCGGCUGGGUUUGGCAGUAAUGUCGUGUCUUCAAGGAAUUCUUUACUUCAGAAAAGUCUCUCCUAAUUGACUGUAUAAACCUCUUGGACUUUUGAAUUUACCAUUCUAAGAACUGUGUUUGAAUUUACCACCUUAAGAAUUGUUUUCGCAUUUAUCGCUUUAAGAACUAGUACUGAGUGGCAGUUUGUUGAAUGGCCACAUAGCAGUUUACUUCCAGUUAAGAUUUUCGUUUGUUUAUUUUUUUUAAUAUUGAGCAGAGUUUAAUAAAUGUUUGAUCAUCGUUAUAAAACCUGACCCGAUUGAUAUU